UCUCCCCCACCCCCCGGGAGGGCGGGGUUUGGGCCGCUAGGGCUUUCGCGCCUCUCGCUCUACCUCACUGCGUUCGUUAGGCGCAGGCGCGGAGCUCUGGAAAUGCAGCGGGAAUUGGUGGGUUUUCCGCUGUCUCCCGCGGUGCGCGUGAAGCUGGUGGCUGCGGGAUUUCUGACCGCCGAGGACGUUCUGGAGGUGAAGCCCUCCGAGCUGAGCAAAGAAGUUGGGAUAUCUAAAGAGGAAGCCUUGGAAACUCUCCAAAUUCUAAGAAGAGAAUGUCUCACAAAUAAACCAAGAUGUGCUGGUCCAUCUUUGGCAAACAAGAAGUGCACAGCACUGGAACUUCUAGAGCAAGAGCAUACCCAGGGCUUCAUAAUCACCUUCUGCUCAGCCCUAGAUAACGUUCUUGGGGGCGGUAUACCCCUGAUGAAAACGACAGAGGUUUGCGGUGUACCCGGAGUUGGAAAGACACAGUUAUGUAUGCAAUUGGCGGUAGAUGUGCAGAUUCCAGAAUGUUUUGGAGGAGUGGCCGGUGAAGCAGUAUUUAUUGAUACAGAGGGAAGUUUUAUGGUUGAUAGAGUGGUUAACCUGGCAACUGCCUGCAUUCAGCACCUUCAUCUCAUAGCAGAAACACACAAGGAAGAAGAACAUCAGAAAGCCUUGAAGGAUUUUACUCUUGAAAACAUUCUUUCCCAUAUUUACUAUUUUCGUUGUCACGAUUACACGGAGCUGCUGGCACAAGUCUAUCUCCUUCCAGAUUUCCUUUCAGAUCAUUCAAAGGUGCAGUUAGUGAUAAUAGACGGAAUUGCCUUUCCCUUUCGUCAUGACCUUGAAGAUCUAUCCCUUCGUACCCGAUUACUAAAUGGUCUCGCCCAACAGAUGAUCAGCCUUGCAAAUAAUCACAGAUUAGCUGUUAUUUUAACUAAUCAGAUGACAACAAAGAUUGAUAAGAAUCAAGCUUUGCUUGUUCCUGCAUUAGGAGAAAGCUGGGGACAUGCUGCUACAAUAAGGUUAAUUUUUCACUGGGAACAAAAACAAAGAUUUGCAACAUUGUACAAGUCACCAAGCCAGAAGGAGUCUACCGUACCAUUUCAGAUCACACCUCAGGGAUUUAGAGAUGCUGUUGUCACUGCUGCCUCAUCCCAGACAGAAAGUUCUUUGAAUUUCCGGAAACGGUCACGAGAACCAGAGGAAGAAUGCUGACCAAAUACUAAUGUCAGUGCAUCCAGUUAACUGAUGAUGUGCUAUUUAGUGUGUAAUGUAUGUAUGUAUGUGCACUGUGUGUGUGCUGGUGCCUACAAAAACAAGCAGAGGAUGGUAGAUCUUGUGGAACUGGAGUUACAAGUAAAACUGAACCACCAUGAAGGUGCUGGGAACCAGAACCUAGUCCUGCAAGAACUAAAAGUAUUCCCAACUGCUGAGCCAUCUUUCCAGUUCCUCCACCCUAUCUCUAAGGCAGUGUUUCUUGUUUUGUCCCUUUACUCUCCAGGUCUGCACACUUUGGUGAUUUCUGUUUUUGCCUCCUGUCUCACUAGGAACACUGGGAUGCGGGUGUGUAGCACAGGUGUGGCUCUGGGAACUGAACUCAGGCUGUCAGGCUUGCACAGCAAGGGCUUUUACCCACUUUUAUCUUUCCAAGUUCUCCACCUUAAAUUUUCAGAAAAAAAAAAUCUCUUACUGAAUGGAGCUCACUGACUCAGAGGGCCACCUGUCUACCCCACCAGCACCAAGAUGCACAAAUAUGCUGUACUGCACCAGCUUUAUAUGCAGACCUCAUGCCUGCAUGUCAGGCGCUUUGCCCACGGAGCCAUUUCCCUAGCUCCUGAAAAGAUUUUCUGAAGCACUGUUCUAUAAUUAUAUUUUAAUGUGUUUUUAUUUUGAGUAAUGUGGAAAGCUAACCUUAUGUUACCUAUCUGGAUUUACCACCCGGAGUGGAAAAUUUCUUUGUCAAUUGCCUAAAAAAUAAUGGAAAUAAAACACUAUAAUACA